AUGCUCAAGACGCAACAAAUAGCAGCGGAUGCCACCAGAGCCCAGGAAAAAGCCGAUCAAGAUGCAGCCAGGGCCCAGGAAAAGGCCGAUCAAGACGCUGCCAGGGCCCAAGAAAAAAUCGACGAAGACGCUGCAAGAGCACAGGAAAGAGCAAUCCGGCAACAAGAAAAUCUAGAUCAACAGGACUUGUUCCGGCAACUGAACAGCAGCUGCACCAGGAGCGCCGGCAGCUCCAGCCGCAGGGACGUGCUCGAAUGGACGGCCUUCUGGGAAGGUUACAACGCAGCCGUCCACGAAUCAGCCAUUCCGGCGGUUCAAAAAUUUGGAUAUCUUAAAGAUUACUUGAAAGGUGAAGCACAGCUGUGCGUGGAGAACCUGGAGCUGACAGACGCCAACUACACCGUCGCAAUCACCCUCCUGAAGGCGAGAUACGGCAAACCGGACGUCCUAAUCGAGGCCCACACGCACAAAUUGGACACGCUGCAACCAGUAAAAGACGUAGCUGAUACCACGGCACUCAGGUGCUUCCAGCUGACUGUCCAGCCACACAUCAAUGCGUUGGAGACACUGGGAGUAGCAAGAGCCAGCCACGGGUGUCUCCUUGGAUCAAGAAUUUUGCGCUCGAUCCCACUCAAACUUCAAGCAGAGUGGGCCAAAUCAGCAACGAACAAGGUAACUGACAUUGAUCAAGUACUAAAUUUUAUCGAAGAGCAAGUUGAAGUCGCAGAGCGACUCGGCCGUCUGAGAGCUUCAACACCAAAGCCGGCCCAAAAUUCUCAACAGCCGGCCAAAUCAACACCACCUACUAAACCAACAGCUUCUCAGCUCGGAGUCAGCAGCAAGCCGACUUCACAAUCGAAACAUUCAAGCAAAACAAGAUGA